AUGUCACUUAUCGACGUAGUUAUCAUUGGAGGCUCAUUUGCGGGCCUUCAUAUUGCUCACUCUGUGCUUCACGAUGUGCCUGAUGCGAAGGUCGUGCUGAUUAACCCCUCAACCAGCUUCUUUUGGAACAUCGCCGCCCCACGCAUUCUCGCGAAACCGAAAGCCUUCCGCCCAGAACAGUACCUGAUUCCGAUCAAGGAUGCCUUUGUAGGCUACCGGCCCGACGCGUUCGAGUUCCUUCCUGGAACCGCAACCGCUAUCGAUCCCGUUGCCAAGUCGGUCACCGUAACUCCGAACGAGGGCGACAUCAAGACCCUGUCGUAUGACUAUCUCGUUAUCGCAUCGGGCAGCACUACAUCUGCCUCCACUGGCUCGCUCACUGGCACAUCCAUCCCCUUCAAGCCGUCAAACCACAAUGAUAUCCAAGAGUUGAUCAAGGCGGCGCAGGGACAUAUCGCGGAAGCGAAAGAGAUCGUGAUUGGUGGAGCGGGUCCUAUUGGUGUUGAGUUGGCUGGAGAGCUGGCUGAAGCAGUGGAAGAAAGUGGAAAUACUGGCAAGGUCUCCAUUACCCUCGUGUCGGCAACCGAUCGCGUGCUCCCGAUGCUCAAGUCAUCCGCUAGCUCUGCUGCACGCAAAAUGCUGGAGCAGAAGAAGAUCAAGGUCGUGACCUCGAAACGCGUCAUUGGCGUAGAAACACCGGUCGAAGAUAAUCCCACCUGGACUGUCUCCUUGGAAGGCGGCGACAAACUCUCGGCUGACCUGUAUAUCCCAACCACUGGUGUGACCCCCAACAACAGCUUCAUUCCGCCUCAGUUCUUGGACAACGAUGGCUGGGUGAAGGUGAACAGUGAGAUGCGCGUUCAGUCGGCUGAUGGAUCAGUCUUGCCUAUCUUUGCUGCUGGCGAUAUCACCAACAACUCGAUGCGUCUCAGUUUCAAGGCCUCGGAGCAAGCACACGUCGCGGCAGCCAACCUCAAAGCCGCCAUUGUCGGUGGUAAGGCCAUCAAGAGCUAUAAUCAGGGCGAUAGUAUCAUGAUGGUCGUACCUGUGGGUGAAGCUGGUGGUACUGGUCAGAUAUUUGGAUUUGUGCCUUUCAGCUUCAUGGUCAAGUUGAUCAAGGGCAAGCACUUCUUCAUUGAAAAGGCAGCUAGUAUAGUGCAUGGCAAGGCCUAA